GAGAUGGGAUAGUAGUUUCUUCUUUGUCCAGCAAUGAAAUUAUCACAAGCCGCUGUUAGAGCUUUUCAGUUCAGUUCUAUUACAGAAAGUUUGGUCUCAAUCUGCACCAUGGAUCACGGAAUCGGUGUGGCCGGUAGAGGUCUACAGAGGAUGCUCGGAUUCUGUUAGGCUGUCAAGUGUGAAACUCGUGGUAUCUUUUGCUCUGGCUGCGUGUGGAAGGCUAAUUUUCGGCUGUGCCGUUGAUCCAAAAUUAGGUGAAAGGCCGGGUGUCCAAGUCUUUGCUAUUAUUGGCUUGGCUCUGUUCGAUGGACGGCUGUUGUUGAAACAUGGAUUUCCACUUCUUUUUGUCUAUAAUUAAGUAAUAAUAGAUCAAAUAAAGCAUGAUCUAUUCUCUCCUCGUAGUACGUAUAAAAGCAAGGCAUAUCUCUCUGCCAUGGGGGUUGGUUGUUGGAAGAAGCAACCACUAGCUUCGUUGGAGAUCCAUCAAAGGAACUAACGAGGCUAGAGGUUGGUUCUUCUAGCAAGUUCAAAGGGCCGAAAGUGUGUGACAUCUCCGGUCAUUUCUUAGCACAUACCCAGCCGUAUUCCAGCAUUUAGUACUUCGGUUGAUGGCCUCGCCUGCAGCAGCAGCAGCAGCAGAAGCAGAGUUCACCCGGGAAACUGCUCGCCGGUCACUGAUCGCAAUUUCUCAGUCCCUCCCUGAGACAUCGCUCCUGAACCCCAAGGUCAACCCACCAAGCACCACCCCUGGAGCAAACGGAUAUCGUGACGAUGGGGCAGCGAAGUGCAGAUCGAAUCUGAUCUCGAUCUCGUACCCGUCAACUCUUGAUGCCAUAUGCACACCGUGCCCCCCGAAGAACACUGCAACUGUGUGAUCACUGACGCCUAAGCAUGCAUACAUAAGUGUGUUUUUUUUCUUCUUCUGAAGUUCUUCACCCUUCAUGCUGUCUUGGUCUAGGGGUGGAAGGGAUGUACUCCAGUGCUUGUGUUUCAUAUGUUUAAACUGAAAUAUUUGGGAAGGAAAUGGAGACAAUUGUACA